AUGUGGAGACUUAUGCAAGUUGUAUUCUUUAAUAUUUAUGAUUUUGCACUAGAAUCUACACUUUGUGACACAUUUAUCACUAGUCCAUUGACUCAAUUGACCAAGAAAGAGACUCCCGUUGUUUCGAGCCAAGUAUGUGAGAGUAGUUUCAAGGAUCUUGAGCAGAAGCUUGUUACUGCACCAGUCUUUAUAAUACCAAAUAGAUCUAGAAGUUUUGUGAUUUACGGUGUUGCCUCUAAGAAGAGACUGGGUUGUGUCUUGAUGCACGAAGUUAAUGUGGUUGCUUAUGCCUUUCGUCAAUUGAAGAGUCGGGAGAAGAACUACCAUUCACAUAAUUUAGAGUUGGCAGCAGUGGUUUUUGCACUAAGAUUAAAGGCACUAUUUGUAUGGUGA